GUCUAUGUCUGGGAUGUAUUAACAUUUAUUUUUCCUGAGAAGUACACAAAUCCCGAAUUGACUUUGAAAAUGAAACUUUUAGUUCUUUUGGUUAGUUUGAUGGUAGUCAGCGCAUCAGACUAUGAAUUAUGGCAAGAAUUUAAAGUAAAAUUUUCAAAGUCGCACUCAUUAACUGAAGAUAAGCUACGUUUUGAAAUUUUUCAAAAAAACCUACGCAGAAUCGAAAAACAUAAUGCCAUGUAUGAAAAGGGAGAAGUAUCAUAUUUUCUGAAGAUAACUCAAUUUGCCGAUUGGACUUCAGAAGAAUUUAAAUCCAUGUUGGGGGUUCAACUUAAUGGGAAGCCAGAGAUUAGUUCCAUGGGCACAUUUAAACCUGAAGUUAACUUCACCAGACCAGAGUCCAUUGAUUGGAGACAAAAAGGAGCCGUAUUAGAAGUUAAGGAUCAAGGAUAUUGUGGUUCAUGCUGGGCUUUUAGUACUACAGGUGCUCUUGAAGGUCAGCUUGCCAUUCAUCGCAAUCAAUACAUUCCUUUGAGUGAACAGGAAUUGGUAUCUUGUGUUAAAGAUAACUUUGCAUGUGAUGGUGGUUGGGUUGACGUUUCCUACACGUACGUACAACAAAAUGGUCUAAGUUCAGAAGAGCAGUAUCCAUACAUUGGUAGAAAGGCCAAUUGCCAUAACAAUAUGGUCAACAAACCUCUUACUUCUACUCAGGGAUUUGUCUUGGUUGGAACAAACGAAGAGGCAAUGGCUGACGCCGUUGCAAGUGUAGGUCCAAUUUCGAUAUAUGUAAAUGCCGAUGAUGAUUGGGAUUUAUAUGGAGGUGGUGUCUUCGAUAACAAAGACUGUAACGAUGAUUAUAAUCAUGCAGUUCUAAUCACAGGCUACGAUUCUCAAUCCUGGACCAUCAAAAACUCUUGGGGAACGGGAUGGGGAGAAGAAGGAUACAUUAGACUUAUUAGGGGUAAAAGUCAAUGCGGUGUCACAGUAUUUCCCAUAUACCCUGUACUGUAAUUGAUAAAUAAAAAGCUUUGAAGUGAAUAGAGUAAA